AUGGCACUAAAUUUGGUCGACGAAUUCGUCAUCCUCGUCGUGAAUAAUCAUCAUAACCACCCAUGUAGUCAACAAGACGAAUCUGCUCCGUUUUCAAUCUCAGCUUCGGAAAUUGCAUCCUGGGAUUUGUCAGAGAUACUCUGCUCCGGAAGACUGAAAGUCCGAGCUCAUCGAGCCAGGCUCAUUCAAGAGUCCUCGUAUUUCCAUGGCCUUCUUAGCGGGAACUUCAGUGAAUCAGGCCUUGAUCAUAUCUCUAUCGAAUGGAACCAAGAGACUUUCUUGUAUCUUCUGAUGUUUAUGUAUGAUUGCGCCAUUGAUCUUACAUCCACUAGUUUCUUACCUCUAUUCGAUGCUGCACUCUUUUUUGGAGUGGAGAGGCUUCUCACUAAAUGCAACAGCUGGCUUUCGAUGGUGGCAUCAUCGAAUGUCCACGAAUCACCACAAAUACAACUGCCUGACCUUGUUCAGAUGUGGACUUUUGGUCUCGAGCGUGCUGCAGACUUUGUGCCAGAUCUCUGUGCAGCCUAUCUUGCAAAGAAUCUCAUGUUGAUAAAACAUGAUAAGUGUUUUGGAAAUGUUCCUUAUGAGUUGUUGAUGUGUUGCAUAAAAGAUGCUCAUCUGACUGUACAUAGCGAGAUGCAUCUUGCUGAGGCACUUCUUGUUUGGCUUGAUGCCGACAAAAGAAUGUUUGACUUGUCAGAGAGUGGUCAGGAUAACGUAAUCAACUUGAUGGAACAGGUCCGUUUUAGUCUUUUGCCACUGUGGUUUAUUGCAGGAGGAAGAAGCAAGUCUCACGGUUUCUCAAAGUUUGCUGAUCAAAGCGUUGAAUUGGUUACUAAACUAACGAAAAUGUCAUCCACAUGCUUGGUCGAUAGCCUAAGAGAUGGACCUCCUGCUGAUCUUAGAGUUCGUCUGACUGAAUACACAGAGAGAUUAGACCUCUCAGGAUGCCCACAGUUAAAUGAAGCCAUUCUGCUAAUGUCACUACUUCCCAACUCAUACUUCCAAAACCCCAUGUGGAGAAAGUCUUUAAAAAGUUUCUCAACUUUACCAAUUCUAUCUUUUGAAAUGGUGAAAGAGGUUGAUAUUUCCAAGUGUCAGAGUCUUGAUUAUAGUCUUGCCAUCAAGUGCUUCUCUAAGUCAUUCCCAUCAUUAAGAAAACUGAGAGCUGCUUAUCUCUUUAGCAUCAAGGUCUCCACUAUGCUCCAACUCCUCCAGGAUUUUCGCCAGCUUACUGAAGUUGAUUUAACAGUCGAUAUUGUUCCUAUAAUAAUGGCUCAAGCAUCUGUGUUUUACUCAAGUCCAGGUUUAGCUCAAACCCCACCCAUCAUCUUCUUAACAUCUGGAAGUCAUUCCUCUGGAUCUUGCCAAGAUCUUCAUUCGCUCUCGAAUAUCACAAGAAUAACGCUGGAGGGUAGAAGUGAUAUAUGUGAUACGGAUCUGCGGAGCAUCUCUAGAUUAUGUGAUUCGUUGUGUUACCUGAACAUAAAAGGGUGUGCACUACUCUCAGAUGCAUGCAUAGCAUAUGUUAUACAGAGGUGUAAAAGCUUAAGCUCUCUCGUAGUUAGCUAUACAUCCUUCUCGGAGAAUUCGGUUUUGGCACUGUGCGCUAGUGUUUCUAUGACCAAUGAGCAUGUGGAUACAACUUCAUUAGCACCCAAUCUUCAGAUACUGCACAUGAGUAAAUGCGAGGGAAUCAGUGAGACAUCACUUCUAAACUUGAUAUCUCGGACACAGAAAAUGAAGAGCCUCUGCUUAAGGGAUACAAAAGUUUCAGACUGUGUGUUAUCUGAAUUCUCUGGCUCUUCCUUGGAAGCACUUGAUAUUUCAAAUACCACGAUAUCUAGUAUGGCUCUUGCUAAAGUGAUUAGCAAAAAUCCUAAUCUAAAAAGCCUUAAAGCCAAGGGAUGUAAAAAUCUGCUUCAGUCACAGAUUGAUGACGAUUUCUCUCCGUUGCUUUCUUGCCAAGAAGUGUUUAAUGGUUUAAGCAAGGGAAAUGGAUUGGAGGAGCUUGAGAUUGGUUGGGGGUUUUCAUAUUUCUCUAUUGAGUCUUUGAGACCUUCACUUUCGUGCCUACGAGCUAUAAGUGUUGGUUUGGGAGCUUCUUUAGGUGAAGAUGCUUUAAAGCUUCUAGCUUUGACAUGUCCUUUGCUAGAGUCUAUCGUCCUUUGUUUCCAGGAAAUAUCUGAUUCUUCAUUGACAAGUAUUGUGACAUCGUUGAAGCAUUUAGAAGAGUUGGCUUUGUCCUAUUGUUUCGGUGACAUAUCAGUUGAAAGCUUCAAGUUCUCUAUGCUGAAUCUGAGAAAGCUAAGGCUUGAGAGGGUCGCUCGUUGGAUGACCAAUGAUGAUUUGUUUGUUCUCACGCAAAGCUGUCCGAAUUUGACCGAGCUUUCGUUACUAGGAUGUUUACACUUAGAUUCAGAUUCUCAACCUAUCAUCUCAGCUGGAUGGCCUGGAAUGAUUUCUCUUCAUCUGGAGGAAUGUGGAAGAAUAACAGAGAAUGGUGUGGCUUCUCUGUACGGCUGCAUUGCUCUCGAAGAUCUUUUACUUCGCCACAACGGCUCUGGGAUACAGAAAAGCUUCCUUCUUGAUGCUGCUUUGAAGUUUCCAAUGCUUCGGCUGGUAUCUCUGGACAUGUGUGAUGCAAAGGAAGGCAAUUUCGAUGUCCCAGAGGAGGAAGAAGAAGGUCGUUUCCUAAGCAUAGUGAAGAUCAGUAGAUGCAAGUCUCAGAGAUGCGUUCUGGGAAGAGACUUGCCUCCAGUGCAUAGAGAGACGCUUGUUAUGUUUUGGAAUGGCCAAAACUACACUAAGACGCUGCUCAAACAAAGACUUUGA